AUGUCGGAGACUGUAGCUCUUUUCCGAAGCUCAGCAAACAAGUGGAUCCAUAGAAGGGGCACCCUGGGCACGAAAGCAGUCCCCGUGGAGCUUCCGCCAGAGCUGGCCACGUUUCAACUCCGCAUCCAAAGCAAACACAAUUAUCUGGCGCCGAGAUCUCUUUCUGCUGCAGCCUUCGCUCGCCUCUCGGAGAGGCUGGGGAUUGAGCGAGCCAGCCUUCGACUGCGGCACUCGAGGGCCCGCCGCCAACUCUGA